AUGGCAGGACCCUAUCUGUCUCGAGUAGCCUCAGUGGGAGGUCGGCCAACAGUCCCCCUUGAUGUCCCCAUAUGUGCUGUCUUCCUCGCCCUUUUCAUCGCCGGUGGCGCCUGCCACAUGACUCUGCUUCGCCGCAACGCCGCAAGAGGCCACAAAUUCAUUCCAUCGGGCGCAACAUUUGGGUUCUGCAUGUCGCGUAUUAUCGCAAAUAUCAUGCGCAUCGCCUGGGCCUGCCACCCGACCAACGCUAGAAUCGCGAUUGCAGCACAGAUCUUCGUUGCAGCGGGCGUGUUGCUGCUUUUCAUCUUGAACUUGCUAUACGUACAGCGUAUCUUCCGGGCUGUCUACCCAGUCGUCGGAUGGUCCCGACCUUUAUCAUUGGCGUUCAAAGCACUGUAUGCUCUAGUCGUGGUGACGAUUAUUAUGGUAAUCACCUGUGUUGUUCAGAGUUCGUACACUCUCAACCCGAACACCCUUCGCAUCGAUCGUGAUAUCCAGCUCUACGGCCAGACCUACUUCGCCAUCAUCUCGUUCCUACCACUUCCCCUUCUCUUGCUUGUCCUCCUGUCGCCAAACAGAAACCAAAUCCAACAGAUUGGCUCUGGUAGCUCGGUCGCCAAAAUCUUCAUCGUCGGACUUGCUGGCUCGUUGCUCUGCCUGGGCGCUUCAUUCCGUGCCGGUACCUCCUGGAUGCCGCCUCGUCCUGUCACCGACCCAGCUUGGUAUCACAGCAAAGCCUGCUUCUAUAUCUUCAAUUUCACUAUUGAUAUUUCGGUCGUGGCUAUCUUCUUCGUCGGUCGUGUUGACCAGCGAUUCUGGGUUCCGAAUGGAAGCUCGAAAGUGCGUCACUACAGACGAGAUGAGAGUGGAAGUCCUCUUCAAGCCCAUUAUGAAAGGGAUAUGGAGAGUAACGGUAGCACUUUGUCCCAGGAGAUGACCGAAGGAACAAAAUAA